AUGGCGUAUCGGGACAUCUUGGAGGAGCGAAAUGAAGGCCUGAGUGACAAAGUGACAACGCUCCAGGAUAAAUUGCGAAUGUUGAGCGCUGAAACGGCGGUUUCUAGCACCCCUUUCACUGAGUAUAAAAAACACAUAGCGGAUCUGUCCCGAUUUAUUGGAGACUUCGUGGUGAAAUUUGAGAAUGUCCCUAAGGAUGUUGAAUUGAUCUUCGGUCCACUAGGAAGCUUGGGCAAACUUAGAGAAGCGGGUGGCAUAUUCGACUAUAUUUACUCCGGUAGCCACAUCUCUGCGGAAGGCUGGUGUGCACAAUUUUAUAGCGGGGACACCGUUGACCAAGCAGUAAAGGAAGCGGUUGACAUGCUGCAGCCGCUUAUCCAAAAUGAUGAACAAGCUAUCGCCUCUGCUAGAGAGCAGGUAGCUGAAAUUACCAAAGCUGCACUAAAAAUCUGGUCCCUGCGACGUAAGGACCGAUGCACGAUAACAAUCAACAGCACUCCAGGUCUAAAGAACGAUGACUCGUGGAAUUUAUGGACGGUUGACGAAGAUUCGGUAAUUCCUCCCAUUUCAUUCCCCGGCAGCGGCGUCAAUGCCAUCAAUGGCAAUGGAAAUGGCAACAAUAUCGGAUCCGAAAGCCCAACCCGCACCACGUCCCAAUCAUUCGCAAUCCAUCAAAAGCCCGAAUCGUACGUGAUAUUCCCACAAAUCAUCGGCGAAUUUGACACCAACAACGAUAAAAGAAGCGAUAUCGGGAAAAAGUCCAACAUACGACAGAGAGAGAUUUUGCAUCCGGGUAUUGCGCUCUUCUCCAACUCGCUCAUAUUCGACAUGGAAUUUGACUGGGGAACCGGCAGGGUUGAAUGA